GGGGUAUACAGAAGGCUAAAUAACCGGGUGGGUGUAAAUGGCAGCGGAGUGAAAGAUCCGUAAACCCCUCCUUAUUCAUGUACAACCCGGACAAACUAUAUAAAAUCACUAUAAAUUAACGACUCACCCAAGUUGAUUGUCAUUUAACUCACUUUUCUUUAUACUUUCAUUUUAUUUUAUUUUUAUUUAUGCCUCAUUCUCGCAGUAAAAUUGACAUGCCCGGUCAUCAUGCCAUCAUCAUUGGGUAUUAUAGUGUCAUCAAGGAUGCAUCGUGUCUAUGCAGUAGAAGCUACAACAUUUUAGAAUCCGUAUUGGGCGGAUUUAUUGCAGCAAAGAAACAAGGCGUGUUUGAGGAUGAAGACAAACUGUUGGAGAUUAAGCAAUACAGUUUAAAUCUUUAUGCGGAUUUUAAGGCUAUCAAACAACGCAAUUUCAAUGCCACAUCAAGUAUAGUAGCGCUUGAAAAAGAACUGUCAUUUGAAUUACAAGCAACACAGAAUACGAUUAAAGGACUUUCUGGUGGAAUUAUGCAAUUGACAAACCGUAACAAAUAUGGCAAGAUGAAACUACUGCUAAAUGAUCUGGAGAGACUCUUUCAACACAUGAGCUUCUUACUGCUCGAAUUAGACAGAAUAGACAAGGCAGUUGAAGGUGUAAUGGACGAUAUUCAAGAAUAUACAGUGUUGACAGAAAAUAGCGCUCGGUAUAGCUCAUCUAAAGGAGAUAGGGUCAAGAUCAUUGCAGAUAAAAUGUUGCUGGGAACACAGACAUUACAACAUCAUUUAAAGCAUAUGGAAGCAGGAGCAAAUAAAACUGCACUUCAAUUCAGACAUAACUUUUUUCAUAUCUUACUGGCAUAAUUCCCAUAAAAAAUCAACCAAACCCUACUGUUACGCAUCAACUAUUAAUAAUAUUUCAACUUAAUUCACUCUUUUACUCUAUGUUACUACUUUCCUUCCCACAUGUCAAUAAUAAAAAAACCUUUUUUUUUUCCGGAAUUAUAGUCAGACGUUUUUUUUUUUUUAAUUUUCUAUUUGGAGGUUCUAGACAUGGAGACAAUCAAUAUGCUCUUGCAUCCUAUAGAACGAGUUAAAAUAGAUUGAAACAUGUCUGGCGUCUGAUCGGCACCAAACAUUGCAACCCAAAAAAAAGAGUACGACUUUUAUUCAGGUAAAUCCCCCAUUUUUACUAUUUAUAUCAAAAUGACGGGUUUCAAAAUUACAUAACAAAUCACUAAGAGAUGGAGUUGAAAAAAAAAAGGUUAUUUUAGGGUUGAUUGAUAGCGGAACCAAAUAAAAAAAAUAUAUAUGGAACCGGUAGAGCC